GGAGGGAAGAAAUACUAAGCUACUGCUGCCAGUGACGUUAAUAGCCGUAACAAGUAUUUACAAAACUUCGUCUCUCACAAGUGUCGGAAAUAUUAGUCUGUGGUCGGGAUUGUGUGUAGCAGCAGCUGCAGAGCACACAGUGAUCCCCAUCAUGAUGACAACUAAAAGACUAGACAAUUUUGAGGUGGUAUGUGAGUGGGCUUCAUGCAGCUUCAAGGGCCACACCAUGGAGGAGCUGAGUGAUCAUAUGUCACUGCAUUUAAAGGACUACUUGGGAGACAACGACGCCUUGGAAGAGCUGGAUGAGUAUGCUUGUCUCUGGAAUGGAUGUGAAUUUCUAUCCAUGGGUAGCCCCGCGGAGCUGGAGGUCCAUGCUUACUUUCACAACUACCACGGUAAGCUCAAGUUCAUCGGGUCACAACUACUCAAGUCCCGUCCUGAUCUGCCCAGCUGCAACCAGGGCUUGCACAGCAACAACCUGGUCCCCGAAGGAUCAGACGGAUACGUUUGCCAGUGGGAGCACUGUGAUAGUACAUUCAACAACCCUGAGUGGUUUUACCGACAUGUGGACAAUCAUGUUGAAAGUGCUGAGCCACAGUCUCUCCCACAGCAACAGCAGGCUCUCUUCUGCCACUGGACAGGCUGCGAUGCUUUCUUCAAGAUCAGGUACCGAUUGAGAGAACACAUGCGGAGCCACACCCAGGAGAGACUUGUAGCCUGUCCUACAUGUGGUAGCAUGUUUUCCAGCAACACGAAGUUGUUUGACCACCUGCACAGGCAGGCGGAGCCAGUAGAGUCGCUGGUAUGCGAACACUGCGGUAAAGCUUUUUCCAGCGAGAGGCUUUUGAGGGAUCAUGUCCGUCAGCAUGUGAAUCAGGUGAAGUGUCCCUUCUGUGACAUGACCUGCACCACUUUGGCAGCUCUGAAGAUCCACAUCAGGUUCCGCCACUGUGAUGAGCGGCCCUUCCCAUGUGACUUCUGUGACAAGAGAUUUAAGAACCAGCGUGAUCUACAAAAGCACACAGAGGUUCACAAUGAAGGCACCGUGUAUCACUGCACUGUGGAGGGUUGUGAUUAUUCUUGUCACACAUUCCAAACCAUGAACCACCACUUCAAGAGAGUGCACGAGGUCGGGGGGAUGUCCAAAUAUAAAUGCCAUAUCUGUGAUAAGGUCUUCUCCUGGUGUUACACUCUCACACUUCACCUUCGCAAGAAGCACGAGCUGAAAUGGCCCUCUGGACAUUCCCGCUUUAGAUACAGGAAGGAUGUAGACGGCUUCCUCAAAGUAAACAUGGUGCGGUUUGAGACUGUGGAGGUGACCAAGGAGAUCAUGAAGAACAUGGCCAAGAAGCCGCAGAGCCUCCGGAAGAGUCAGAGAACCAGCAGCCGGAACAAGAGGCCUGCGGUCACACCGGAGAGCGGCCGAAGCUCCCCUGCAGGAUCCUCCUCGCCCUCCUCCAGCUCCUCCUCUUCGUACUCCUCCGAGCUCUCUGGAGGUGAAGACGUUUCGUCUCAGCCCAGCCCCCGAGGCAGUGACUCUCCCGUGUACUGUGUCAUGAGCACCAUCCCUCACAUUGAAGAGGAGCCUGGAGGAUUACCCCAGGAGGACUGUGAUGGCAGUGGGACAUCAGGAGCAGUCCAGGCUCUGACGGAGGUAGCACGGGGGCUGGGCAUGGACGUGGUGUGAUUCCUCCACGCUGCACUGCACCACGCGUCCACUGCAGGCUCUCUUCUAGCUGUUAUGCAAUGAAACUGGUUUGCCUGUUGUAUAUUCUGCAACAUGCAUGCGGAGCCGCCAGUGGAGACGUGGCUGGAACCGUCUCUUUCUAGCCAAAGCUCUGUCAUGGACUCAAGUGUUUUUAUAGUGGUCUUACAUUGAGAUGGUUAUCUCUCCACACUUUCAUUAAAGCAGCUCUAAUGCUUCAGCUUAGCUUUGUGACGUGUCCCGUUGCUGACAUCGCCCUUUUGAACGUAAUUUCAGGUUUCUGAAAAAGCUCACAUGAGGAAGAUAAAAGCACUACAAAGCCAGUUCCAUGUAGUUUUCUUCACUCCACUUUCUGUGACAUUUCCGUGGUGUUGCUCAACAAAGCAUUUAGGAAGACAUAAUUUUUCAUUGUAGUCUUGGAAAGUUGCAAAAUUUUAUUGUUACAAUUUUUAAAUACAUUUUUGAUACAAAAGUAAACUUUUCUUGUUUGUUUUUUGUCAUACUUGUAGCAUGAUAAGUGGCUGAGUGGUGCACUGGUGGAAGUCGAUUUACUCAACUAUUGUACUUGUACAUUUUGAGGUACUUGUACUUUAAGUAUUUCCAUUUCAUGCUACUUUGUACUUCUACUCCACUGCAGUUCAGAGGGAAUUAGUGCGCGUUUUACUUCAUUUGUUUGAUACCUUUUGUUGCUAUACUUUGCACUUUCAGAUUAUUGAUAGAAAAUAUAAUCAAC